CCUCCAACAUUAUAAAUCCUUUGUCCGGCACGCUCACACAAGUCUGCGGUCGGCUCGUCGUGCUCGCGGAGUAACGUUUUAUUUGCGCGUCGCUGUUAAGCUUAACGCAUCCAUUAUGAGGGAAAUUGUGCACAUCCAGGCCGGCCAGUGCGGCAACCAGAUUGGUGCCAAGUUCUGGGAAGUGAUCAGUGACGAGCACGGCAUCGAUCCCACGGGAACUUACCACGGAGACAGUGACCUGCAGCUGGACAGGAUCAGUGUUUACUAUAAUGAGGCCACAGGAGGUAAAUAUGUACCUCGAGCAAUUCUGGUGGAUUUGGAGCCUGGAACCAUGGACUCUGUGAGGUCUGGUCCCUUUGGACAGAUCUUCAGACCUGACAACUUUGUGUUUGGUCAGAGUGGAGCUGGAAACAACUGGGCCAAAGGUCACUACACAGAAGGAGCUGAGCUGGUGGACUCAGUUCUGGAUGUGGUCCGCAAAGAGUCAGAGAGCUGCGACUGCCUGCAGGGCUUCCAGCUCACCCACUCUCUUGGUGGGGGAACUGGAUCUGGUAUGGGAACCCUGCUCAUCAGCAAGAUCCGUGAGGAGUACCCUGACCGUAUUAUGAACACCUUCAGUGUGGUGCCUUCCCCCAAGGUGUCAGACACCGUGGUCGAGCCUUACAAUGCCACCCUGUCAGUCCACCAGCUUGUAGAGAACACAGAUGAAACCUACUGCAUUGACAAUGAGGCUCUUUAUGACAUUUGCUUCCGUACUCUGAAACUGACCACGCCUACCUACGGAGACCUUAACCACUUGGUAUCUGCCACCAUGAGUGGAGUCACCACCUGCCUGCGUUUCCCUGGUCAACUCAAUGCUGAUCUACGCAAACUGGCUGUCAACAUGGUGCCUUUCCCCCGUUUACACUUCUUCAUGCCUGGCUUUGCUCCCCUAACCAGCAGGGGCAGCCAGCAGUACCGUGCCCUCACAGUCCCCGAGCUCACCCAACAGGUGUUUGAUGCCAAGAAUAUGAUGGCUGCGUGUGACCCACGUCACGGCCGCUAUCUGACAGUUGCUGCCGUGUUCCGUGGCCGCAUGUCUAUGAAGGAAGUUGACGAGCAGAUGCUCAACGUGCAGAACAAGAACAGCAGCUACUUUGUUGAAUGGAUCCCCAAUAAUGUCAAGACCGCCGUCUGCGACAUUCCACCCCGUGGCCUCAAGAUGGCUGUCACUUUCAUUGGAAACAGCACAGCCAUCCAGGAGCUCUUCAAACGCAUCUCUGAGCAGUUUACAGCCAUGUUCCGCCGUAAAGCCUUCUUGCAUUGGUACACAGGUGAAGGUAUGGAUGAGAUGGAGUUCACUGAAGCAGAGAGUAACAUGAACGACCUGGUGUCUGAGUAUCAGCAGUACCAGGAUGCCACCGCUGAAGAAGAGGGUGAAUUUGAAGAGGAGGCCGAUGAGGAUGCUUGAAGAUGGAGAUGUGAAGUUCAAUACACGAAUGCCAAGUCAAAGCGAGCAAAGAGGAAAAACCAUGAGUAGCCAAGAAACCCACAUAGUGUCAACUACCUUGCUAGAAUCUAACUUUAGCGUACAUUAGAAA